AAUUUGCACAUUCUCGACACAGAUACUAAACACGCUCGAAGCGAUGCGAUACUAUUAAGUAGGAAAAAAUAACUACGAGUGCAGUGAGCAGUGUUGUUUGCUUGUACAAGUAGACAUUUGCUACUAAUGUGUGAUAUUAGAUUUGUGGCUCAGCGUGAAUAAGUGACACUACUUGCAAAUAGUUACUAAAGUUUAAUCUAAGUGGGCUUUGGAGUUGUUUGUAAUACGCUAAAUUCCAGCGCUUCCUUUGAUCAAAAGCGGAAAGUGACCUAAUGAUUGAGGGAAGAGAGGUAGCCAUAUCGAUUUAAUCAAAUGAGAUGGUAUUCAGCGAAAAUUAAAGCUUGGAUAAUCUCAACAUCAACUACAGUAUGGAAUAAGGGAUUAUCAAUUCAAGAUUAGCUUUCCUAGUCAUUGGGGGGUCGGGCGAUUGCCUGUACCCCCUACUAGUGAGAUUUUAGCUACAAUUAGUAUGUUCGAACAAAUUAAAACCGAACCAAUGGGAUUCUACACCGCUUAUCCACCGCCCCAGGCUGCCCAAACACCGAUCACAACAGCCGCCCGCACCGACCAAAACCAACAAACCGUGAUAGCCGUAAAUGAGAACAAACCAGUCGUCAACAGCAAUGAACCGGUAGUUUCGACCCAACCUGUUAAUAGUCAUUCCACCGCACCAAGCCGGAGUAAAAGGCAGACAUGCAAAGUCUGUGGCAAAACACUAUCUUCCCCGAGCAGCUAUUAUGUACACAUGAAACUUCAUUCGGGAACUAAACCAUUCGCUUGUACGGUAUGCGAAGCUGCAUUUUGUAGGAAACCUUAUCUUGAAGUUCAUAUGCGAACUCACACAGGUGAACGACCAUUCUCUUGCGAUGUUUGUCUGAAACGCUUUAGCCAAAAAUCUUCAUUAAAUACACACAAGAAAAUUCAUAUGAGAUAUUGGAGCAUUCAUAAACCGUUCCAGUGUAAUCAGUGUAGUGCAUCUUUUGGCCGCAAACCGUAUUUAGAAAUCCACCUUCGAACCCACUCCGGUGAACGUCCUUUUGCUUGCGACAGGGAAGGUUGCGAUAAAAGGUUUUCACAGAAAUCGACUCUAAACAUUCACAAACGUGUUCAUGACCCAAAUCAUCGGCCUUUUACUUGUGAACAUUGCCCAGCUACGUUUUGUCGGAAACCUUAUCUUGAUAUUCAUAUACGGUCACAUACAGGAGAGAGACCAUUCGAAUGUGCAACAUGCUUAAAACGGUUUUCCCAAAGAUCAACAUUGAACAUUCAUAAACGUAUACAUACGGGUGAACGACCGUAUGCAUGUGAUAUAUGCAAUAAAACAUUUGCGGUUAAAAGUUAUGUCACAGCACAUCGCUGGUCUCACGUUUCGGAAAAGCCGCUAAAUUGUGAUCGCUGUUCUAUGACCUUCACCAGCAAAUCUCAGUUUGCAAUCCACAUACGCACCCAUUCAGCCGGACAGAACUUCGAGUGUAGGCUCUGUGGCCGAACCUUCAUCCGGGACAGUUAUCUCAUAAGGCAUAACAAUCGCGUACACCGGGAGAACAGAAUCAACGCCAGCAGUGUCAGUGCCACUAUCAACAGCGUUGCGAUUGGAGAAAUUCCUUCGCCUCAGAUUGGAGCUUCGGAUAUGGGAGCCAGUAAUGCGGGACAGGAUACGGGAGAUCACAAUGCAGGCCAAAUUGCUUCCCAAUCGCGAGAAUUCAACAAUGCAACAGUACAACCAUGCAACUUCAGAUAUGUACCAGAGCUUCAUAUGACCGAAACGAUAUCAUCCGUAUCUCACAUUUCUUCCCCGGAUAUCAGCAAUAGCCAUAAUUUAUCACCAAGUAUGACCAGCUCUAGCCAGGAUCACGGAAUAGCUCCCAACCGGAUGAUAAUCAACUCUGGUACCGGAAGCGUCCACAUGACUGACGGAAUUAUUAGUCAAGGGGGUGGUGCUCGCCUUAUCCACGAAUUACACGAUCGUGAUCGUUUAGAAAUGGAUCGAAUUCUUCAGCAUGAACGCUCUACUGAUCAUGAAACUAGAAAUUUGGCAGAAAGGUUCAUACAAAAUGCCGAACGAAUGGCACAAGAUCACGCGGCAGCUAUACAACAGCAGCAACAACAGCAACAGCAGCAGCAACAACAAGAUCAUCACCAAAACAUGAUGUCUCCGGUUCAUCGUAUGGUUACCGAUAAAAACAGUAUUCCCCAUCUUCUAGAACCAAAACCAGAAUAGAAUCUCUUGCUAGUGAAAGCAAACCGUUACCGUAUCAUAGUGAAACCAUAUACCAAAUGAUACAAACCAUACUGUACAAUUAAUCAAGUAUACCAAAUUAGCACUAGAACACAAAAAUAUAGAACAAAAAUUUGAAUACAAAACUGUAGUAUUCUGAUAGGUCAUCAAAUGCGUUGCAAUAUCGCAGAGAUAUUCGAUUGAGCGGCAAUGCGAGAAAUUAAUACCACGAUCCACGUAGCAAAUUAUGACUUACACAUAGUACCACGCAUUACAAUAUAUUCGCAAACAAGCAACAAUAUUAACCAUUGAAGUAGUGUUAGCAUAUUACAAUAGCAGAAAUACCAAUUUUUAUACAGUAAAAUCGAAGGCAGCGCCAUUGGUAUUGUAGCAGAACAGUUUUUUGUUUUACUUUCGGUUCCCUACAAAGGAUCAUCAAGUAAUAUAGUUACAAAUAAGUCAAAAUAUUAGAAAAAAAAAACAAAUCUCGAAUGAACGGUCUCCUCCGGGUGGUAUUAAUGCACAAGGAGAGAAUGUGGUUAUGAAAUAUUAAGAUAGUGACACCAUGAAGCUUCCUAGAGUAGUCAUUUCCAAAAUGAUGUGAUCUGUAGCUGCCUUCGGCGUUUUAUUUUCGAAGUAAGUUUCCAACACCAUUGCAGAAAUCGAUGGGAAUGAAUGUGUAAACGCCCGAUUGUAAUGUUAGUAGUUAUUAUGAAAUAUAUUUAUUUUAUUUAACGGACCAUA